AUCUUUUUGCUAAAUUUCCUUGUUCGCGCUAACACUGAGCCUCCUCAGAACCCUAGAUCGAUCGAAUUCCUCGUCAUCACUGACGAUCGUGGAUCGAGAGAAGAGCUCUUCUCUCAUUCUCUAAUGCGCCGAAAGCUCCAUCGGCGCCUCCGUAUCCUCCUCCAUCAGCCCGUCGAAGACCGCGCCCCCGUUCACGUCUCCAGCCACGCUGAUCGAGAUCGAGUUCUUGAAGUAUUUAGAAGAGUUAUAUUGCAACCUGCUCUCCCUGAAAACUGUGCCCUUCAAGCAGUACAAGAAGCUAUAAAACCUCAGAAACAGACUGUACUUGUCCAAGAUGAGAAUCAAUCUCUGGAAAAUGCUCUUCGAACACUACUGCAAGAACUAGUGUCUUCUGCAGUACAAUCUGGUGAAAGGAUGAUGCAAUAUGGGAAGUCAAUUGAUGAUGGGGAAAAUGCUGGCGGUCAAAUACCACGUCUUCUUGACAUUGUGCUGUAUCUUUGUCAAAAAGGGCAUGUUGAAGGUGGUAUGAUAUUUCAGCUGUUAGAAGAUUUGACGGAGAUGUCAACCAUGAAAGACUGCAAAGAGGUUUUUGGUUAUAUCGAGAGCAAGCAAGAUGUAUUGGGUAAGCAAGAGCUCUUUGGGAGAGGGAAAUUGGUGAUGCUGAGAACAUGCAAUCAACUUCUUCGAAGACUCUCAAAGGCAAAUGAUGUGGUAUUUUGUGGACGGAUUCUUAUGUUUCUUGCACACUUCUUUCCCUUGUCAGAGCGGUCAGCUGUUAAUAUAAAGGGAGUUUUCAACACAUCAAAUGUGACCAAAUAUGAAAAAGAUGCUCCUGAAGGAGUCUCCAUUGAUUUCAACUUCUACAAGACCUUGUGGAGUUUACAGGAACAUUUUAGCAAUCCAGCUUCAACCACUGUUGCCCCAACCAAGUGGCAGAAGUUCUUCACCAAUUUAAUGGUUGUACUGGAUGCAUUUGAAGCUCAGCCUCUGUCUGAUGAUGAUGGAAAUGCUAACAAUGUUGAGCAAGAGGAAGCUGCUUUUAGCAUUAAGUAUCUCACUAGCAGCAAGUUGAUGGGUUUAGAGUUAAAAGAUCCUAGCUUUCGUCGACAUAUCUUGAUCCAGUGCCUUAUAUUAUUUGACUACCUUAAGGCACCUGGAAAGAAUGAGAAGGAUGGGCCUCCAGAGAGCAUGAAAGAGGAAAUUAAAUCCUGUGAAGAACGUGUGAAGAAGUUGCUCGAAACUAUUCCACCAAAAGGCAAGGAGUUCCUUCAAAGUAUUGAGCAUAUAUUAGAACGAGAAAAAAAUUGGGUCUGGUGGAAACGAGAUGGUUGUCCACCAUUUGAAAAGCAAAUAACUGAAAAAAGAGUGGGUCAAGAUGGCGUGAAAAAACGUAAACCACGGUGGAGACUCGGAAACAAAGAGCUAUCACAGUUAUGGAAAUGGGCAGAUCAGAAUCCUAAUGCUUUGACUGAUGAACAGCGUGUCCGCACUCCUUCGGUCAUGGAGUACUGGAAACCUCUUGCAGAGGAUAUGGAUGAAUCUGCUGGGAUUGAAGCUGAAUAUCACCAAAAAAAUAACCGUGUUUAUUGUUGGAAAGGGCUGCGUUUUUCUGCCAGACAGGACUUGGAAGGAUUUUCUCGGUUUACUGACCAUGGCAUUGAAGGAGUGGUUCCUCCAGAGCUUUUGCCACCAGAAAUUCGUUCGAAAUUUCAUGCUAAACCUACUGAGAAGAAUAAACGAGUUAAGAGAGAGGAUGAUUCAAAAGGUGUUGCAGCUCAGCCUGAAGAAAACCAGCAGGUUGCAACUCCAGCAACUGAGACUGAUGGGGGAAGUGGGGCCGAGCUAGAAGAGGGAGCAAUUCCAAUGGAAUCUGAUGCCGCAGGCUUGAAUAUUGCGCAGGGUGGAGAUACAACACCAGAAGAUGCUACAAAGCAGAGCCCUGAUAUUGACAUGGGCCAGGAGGCAGUACAUUCUGAAGCUGAAGCUGAAGCAGAAGCAGAUGCAGAAGCAGAUGCAGAAGCAGAAGCUGAAGCUGAGGCCAAACCUGAUAUUAAAGGAGAUACUGAAUCAGAGCUUAGUCCAGAUUCAGAAACAAAUCCUGAGACUAAAGAUUGAAGCUUCAGGGGAAAUUAUUUAUCUCUAGCGGAUGAAACUAAAAGAUGAAAUUUUUCAGUGCAGCAGUGCCUUAUUAUGUGUAAUUUAACACUGUAUGCUUAUGAUUGCUGCAUAUGUAAUCUUGUUUGUAAUGUUUAUUUGAGUAAGCUGGCUUUUUCUAUGUUGAAAACUGUCCAAGAGUGUCUAGUAUCAUCGUUUCAGUUUGCUGAUUUGCAUAGUUGAGAAUCUUUUUAUUCCUAUUCAGGAAGAAGACAUGAGAUUGUAAUUCAUGUUUUAUGUUUUCGGGUGAA